AUGCUCAUUCCAUUCCUUUUUGCAUUUGCCGGCCUUUGCUGGCUUGCCCAUCGUUUUUCAUCACUUAUUUCUAUUAGCUUGGAAAAAGCGGUCAAAACAUUAAAUGUCUGUGUUCCCAAUGUUCCCCUCAUUUCUAUAGAUAAGGUGUCAUUCAACCGUAUAGCAUUACAUUGGGACUCUGGAAUUGGCAGAUUCAACUCGGAAACAGGUAAAAAUGCUGCCGGAAACGUGUCAAAUAGCAGUAAUACACCUGAUGGCUCUUAUGAGGGCACAAACAGCGGUCCCAACACAGAGGCAAACAUUGAGGGUCCACGAAAGCUUCCUCAGGUCUCACCUUAUGCAAUAAGUCAUUAUGUCUUGUACAUCAACGGUCUUCAAACAGCGAUUAUAGAUGGAAAUAAGCAGUCUUGUGUUUUAAACGGCCUUACUCCAGACACAAACUAUCAAGUUGAUCUCGUCGCCUUUAACAUGACUAACUUCCGAUCCAGAAGUUGCCCUAUAUAUGUGAAAACUGCAGCCAGAGAUGAUCCAAAGUUUGCACAAAACGGUCUUGGUGGUUCUUUAGACCAUCCUGAUGCACUACUGCGAACUUUAGUUCCUGAUCCGGGUGAUCUGAUUGUCCAUGAAGCCUUUAAAUCUCGUUCAAGAAGUUCCACGAUUGAUGGUGGCUCCAGUUUUGGAUUUGACAGUGCGAAUAACUCCGGUGUGCAGCAAGAGCCAACCAGAACGCCGCCUAAUCUAAUUACGGAUAUAAACGAGUUGAAGUUUUUACUUGAAAGUGGAUUAGAAGAAGUGAAAAGCUUGAUCCACUCUCAUCGCAAUAUGGAAACAGAAUUCAAAGAAGAAGAGGAGGCUCUUAUUUUGGCAAGAAGAGAGGCCAAGCAGCGGAGAAAGAUAGAAGAUUCAAACAGAGCCAAUCUUCGUCAGGAAAUAAAGUAUCUUGAGGAGCAGAGGAUGAAGUCGGAGAAUAAAUUAUCGGCAAAUAGGCAAAAGCUGAACGUACGCUUGAAGAAAAUACAUUUGAAGGAGGAUCAGAUUGAUGCAUGGAACAAAGAAAUUGAUAAAAUGAAAGAGGAGAAACGGACCAUUUUGGAAAAAGACCACCCGGAGCAAAUGGAUAAAUUGCAAUACCAGAUACAGGAGUUGAACAAGGUGUCGUUUUCCCUCCAGGUUGAAAUCCAUGACUUUGAAAACGAGUUGAAGUCUUUGAUGAAAAGUAAAAAGCAGCUGGAUACGUUGAAACAGAAAUUGGGCGACCUGUUUCGGCUUUUGGACGAACAGACAGAUUUGCAAACCGGUGUUCUAAAGCCGGAAGGUCAGGAAACACUCGAAAAACUACUACUUUUGAAACCGGACUGGAGCAAAGAGUUGACUGAUGAAGUUCUAACGAUAGACAAGCAGAUGGAAGCUGAGUGGAAAGAAUUACAAAAGAAGGAGUUUGGAAGAGUCGAAAUGUUGAGGAAUUCAAGAAAUAGCAGUUAUUCGAACGGUGUUUCUAAUCCAGACGCUGAUUUAGAUGUUAAAUGGUCAGAAUCUCCAUCAGAUCUUAAUAGACUACUCCCACAAAGUCUUAUUGAUGAUGAUUUUGAUUACAAUGUGGGUGCAGUCAGACAGCCAGUUGCUUCAGCAGCUCAAUCACCGGUUUCUUCUGCUAUUCCAAGUCAGGAUGUCUCGAUGGAUAGUCCCGUUAACUUCUCAUCUGUUGGUGUGCUUCAGCAGCCUAUUAGCAACUCAUACAAUUCUUCAUUAAAUGCCCAACCAAUAUCUCAUGAUGAUCGCAACAUAUCCGGAUUAUCGCAACCACAAAGUUCAGACUUUGGUAAUUCAAAUUCGACAGCUGUUGGUCAUAAAGCGGCCAGCAGCUUGGACAUUCUUGCCGGUUUGUACAAUAAUGAUAUGAACGCCUCGAAUAUGAACUACUCGACUAUUACUUCACUCAGUGCUUUGGCCAGUAAAGCCAGUGAGAUGGCAGCAAAUCAAAGCAGCGGUGUGAUGUCUCCGCAAUCGCUACGUGCUGUUCAGCUUCAUCCUACUGACAGUGCCAUUUCAGCAUCAUUGCUAGAUAUGGGAAAUACACUAGGCAUGCCGUCAAACAGGAGAUCCAUGCUUGAUGGAUUUUCGCGUAUUUCUUCUUCUGGAGGAAGCAUAAUGGCUCUUGGAAGCUCUCCGCCAACCCAAACAGACCCGGCAAUUGGUCUGAGUGUCAGUAAUAGCCAGUUUUCACGGCUUUUCAGUAGUCCUACUAACAAUAUUGCUGCUGCCAGAGCUGGUAAUGUUGGAACUGUCAGUCCAGUUGAUCGCGGACGCAGUUCGCUUGAAUAUGUUACCCGUGCAAGAAGUACGAGUUUUGGUUCGAGUAUCUGGAGCAAUGGUGGUGUAAACAGCAAAGGUAUCAAUGCCAAUAAUCAUGAAAACCUUGGAAAUCCAGACAAGUCUGAAUCUUCAGCCACAAACAUGGCUGAUUGGACCGUUGGUUCGGGAUGGGGAACCUCUAUGGGAAACUUGGGCGAACCCAUUUCACUGGUUGCAAGUUCUUCAUCUGCUCCUCGCACUGCUCCCGAAAGUAUGUCUAACAAAGAUAGUAAGCAGCACAAUCAUAAUUGGCUUCAUAAUUGGGGUCUAAGUUCUGCAACAGACGAGUCUGCAAAUGACUCUUCUAAGCUUGAGGAAGGAGACUCGUUAAAGUAUGAUGAGGAGCAACAUCAGGGUUCGCAAUCCUUCUUCAAAAAUAAGAUCUUCAAGUUUGGCAUGACUCCUACGAAGGCUAAAAACUCUGCUAAAUCUGGGCCUGAAAUCACCGUGUCAGAGGACAAAGAUGCUGUGAAUAAUCAAAGCAAUACCGAUUCUCCGAGAUCUGGGGAGUCUAGUGGGCAUUUGGGAAGUGGAUUUGGUUCCAGGUCAUCACGAAUAUUUAAACUAGGAUCCAGAAAGGCGUCUUUCCACAGUAUGGGAUCCGGAAAGAGUAACAUUUCAGGAGAAACCAAUGGAAGUACGGCUGUUGGUGAGGAUGUAUCUGUAAAUGAGGACGAAGAGAAUAGUCACAGUGGUGGAAAAAGCGGCAAAAGAGGAAGUAGCGGAAGUGACAGCAGUAGUGGAAGCGUGUUUUCGAGAAAGUUGAGCUUUCCAUUCAAGAAGGACAAGGAAAAGGAGGAAGCAAGCGGCAGAUUAGAAGAAGUCAAGGAAGAGGAUGAGGAGGAUUCAGAUAAAAGACGUGUUGGUAAUGAAGAAAGCGAGGAGCUUUCAGAAGAAAAGAGUAAGAAUAAAAAGUCGAAGAAAAGAAGAAAGAAGAAGCACAGGACUGAAAAAGAAAGAUGA